GUAAUCAGAAGCGUUCUUCAAACUCUUCGUUUUGUUCACCUGCGUAACAGGUGUUUGUUGGAACGCUUUGGGAUCAGAGUGCGCCAAAUACCACCAGCCCUGUGAUCACAUGGGGGAGUGUUUGAGGAGAACUUGUCCGUGUCUUCAGUCAUUAUGGGACAGACUGUUCAAAAGGCGAGAUGAUGUAGGUUCGAAAGGCGAGACUGGAUGCGCAGAAGACGGUUUAAACUCAAAGCUGGAAAAUAACACGCACCCUGUCACGCGGUACGGCCCGGCAUCCGUGCACGAACCCGUGGACAUGGCUGUUUAUACGGCUCUGUGGGCAUUUGAGGCGCGAGCAGAUGAGGAGUUGUCAUUCGAAGUGGGAGAUAUGUUCAAAAUUGUCAGCAAGAAUGGAGACUGGUGGACUGCUCAAAAACUCGAUUCGUGCGGACGCACGCUCGCAACCGGUAUAGUCCCUUAUAAUUACCUGGAACGCGGGGAAACGGUCGCUACGCAGCCGUGGUUCUUUGGCAAAAUGAACCGGUUCGAAUCACUCAGUCACCUCUUGUCUGCUGAGAAUGGUGAUGGAGCUUUUCUGGUGCGACUCAGUGAGAAUGACAGCGUGGGCCAUGUGCUCUCAGUCAGGGUAAGGAAUGGAGCGAAACACUUCAAGGUCUACCAGACGGGGAGCGUGUUCUAUGUGGAUCAGGCACACGGUUUCCCUAGUUUACUGGAACUUGUAGAAUACUACCACAACCAUCGCCUGGGUGCCGUACAAAGACUGGGAAAGCCAUGCAUUAGGAGGCAACCGCAGCCUCAGGACCUGUCCCACACCACGGUUGAUGAUUGGGAACUGCCGAAGGAGGACUUCACCCUGGAGGAGAAGUUGGGCAGUGGCCAGUUCGCUGACGUGUACCGCGGCAAGUGGAAGAGACGCAUCAACGUGGCCAUCAAAAUCCUGAAGAACAAUGAAUCUCUGAACCAGCAGGACUUUCAAAUGGAGGUUCAGCUUUUGAAACGUAUGCGCCACAGAAACCUUAUCUCACUAUUCGCUAUUUGCACUUCUUCCACCCCCUAUUACAUCAUCACUGAGCUCAUGGAGAAGGGAAACCUGCUGGACGUCCUCCGCAGUGCUGAGGGUGAGGCUUUAGACUUGAUGAGUAUGAUUGACAUGGCAGCCCAGGUGGCGGAUGGGAUGGUGUAUCUGGAGGAUCAUAACAGUAUUCACAGAGACCUAGCCGCACGGAAUGUUCUUGUUGGUGAGGGCUACGUUUGCAAGGUGGCUGACUUUGGCUUAGCACGAAUCAUCAAGGAGGCAGUUUAUAUAUCGACAGAAAAGAAGAUUCCAUACAAGUGGACUGCUCCUGAGGCCAUCAGCCGUGGCCGGUACUCUAAUAAGUCUGAUGUGUGGUCAUUUGGUGUCCUCCUGUAUGAGAUCGUUACCAACGGUGGAGUUCCUUAUCCAGGCUUCACCACAAACGAGGCUGUUAAACAGGUCAUGCACCAUGGCUACAGGAUGCCGGCCCCUCCCAAUUGCCCUCAGUGUAUCUAUGACAUCAUGCUGUCCUGCUGGAGCGACAAGCCGGAGAAUCGACCUGAUUUUAAACAGUUGAAAUCUGAUCUGGAGAACAUGAAUCGCUACACAGAGCUGGAGUGAUAGAAUGCACACCUGUACUUUUAUGGAGAAAUGUACAGGUGCGAUGUAUAGCUGUGCUUUUAAAGGCGAUGGACAGUGGAACACAGAACUAAUAACAUGUAAACCUAAUAGCAGAGUAUGUCAUCUGAUGUUAUGUAUUUGGAUGCCCCAGAAGCCUUGCAAGAGAUUUGAAAACACAAAAGAACUUUGCAAAUACAUAUCUUGUACUGUAUUGAUUGUUUGUGCUGGGAAUAAUUACUACAGAUGUAAAGAAGAAUUUCUGUAUAUUCAUUAAAACUGAUGUAAGUACUUUA